AAGUUGACUCUGAAGCCCUAAUCGGCCCAUGUGAUCGCCGUGCACCGAGACUGGAUUGCCAGCGAGCCAGACAGGGAGAUCAAAGCAUCGGCUGCAGCUCUUCACAAGCUCCCCUGAUCCAACUGCUUGCCAAGAUGGGAAGGAAACUGGAUCUUUCCAAGCUAACGGAUGAAGAGGCCAAGCACGUUUGGGAGGUGGUUCAACGGGACUUUGAUCUGCGGAAGAAAGAGGAAGAGAGAUUGGAGGACCUGAAAUGCAAGAUUGAAAAAGAGGGCACCAAGAGGGAGCUCUUGUCCAACCAGUCCCACCUCAACGAGACCCACUGCGUCCACUGCCUGCAGCCCUUCAAGUUCCUGGUGAACAGCAAGCGCCAGUGCUUGGACUGCCACUUCUACACCUGCAAGAACUGCAGCCGCUACCACAAAAAGGAGCAAGCCUGGAUCUGCGACCCUUGCCGCUUAUCCAGGAUUGUGAAGAUUGGCUCCCUGGAGUGGUAUUAUGAACACGUGAGAUCCCGUUUCAAGCGGUUUGGAAGUGCUAAAGUGAUGCGGUCUCUCUACGGCAGGCUACAGCACGGGCAGAAAAUGACUCCAACGUUGCUAGGUCUUCAUGGCAGAGUUUACAGCUUGCCAGACAUCAACAGUGAGUGCCAGCUGCGUGCCAGCGGCGGGGUGCGCAGUGACAGCGAUGAUGAAGACGACCUCGUGGAUGGCGCCGAAGCUGAGCACUACACUAGGAUGCGCAAGACAAAGCGCCUGCUAUCUGUUCAUCCUUUUGAUUUUGAACUGGACUCGGAAUAUUCCGCUCAAUCACGCCGUCAAUCUGUGCAGCUUUCUCAAACUCCGGUCAGCCAGGAUGGCCACCAGUCAUUCCUGGACUUCCCAGAUGCCGGUGAGGACACCUCCCGGAAGGAGACAAUGAUCGCUGAAGCAGACCUGGCUGCAGUGUUCCACCAGAUCCUUCAGGAGCAGGGACAACAUAUGACCCCUCCAGAGCAGGAGUUUAGCACCGAGGUCCGGCUGACAGUGAACUCACGAAGGAAGAGCCUGGAAAGGAAUCCCAAACCUGGCAGCCCAUGGACCGAGCAGCACCGACCCCAGUACUCAGCGGAUAUGGACACCUCGGAUGAGGACAUAAAGGGAGCCCAGAAGAUACCUGUCUACCAGCCCCAUCACGUGAAACGCCGAAACAGAGCCUCCUCCCAGGAGAGUAUAAACCACUCUGGAAAUCAGAUAUUUGAACUCAACAAACGCAUGUCAGCUAUUGAACGCAUGCUGAACCGUCUGGAGGAAAGAAUCCUGGUGCACUCAGAAGAGUCUCCGGCCCCUGAGUCCCACACCGAUGCAGAUGUGGAAGAGGAGGAAUUGAAGAGGAAGCUGGAAGAGUUAGCCAGCAACAUCAGCGACAAAGGAGUUUCGUCUGAGGAAGACGAGGAAAAGAAGAAGGGUGAACCAAAACCCGAAAUGAGCUCCCCCAGGAGUGACCCACCCAGUGAUGCUCAGAAGGUCUGCACGACUGCUGGGAAGACAUCCGGGCUGGACCAAACCCCGAGGGACCUAGAGGAACGUGCGCGGCACAGCGGGACCACAGACUCCGAGCUGUCAGAGCUGGAGGACAAAGUGGCAUCAGCGGCCGUGCAGAUGCAGCGUGCCGAGAGCGAGGUUUCCGAUAUAGAGUCUCGAAUCGCAGCCCUGAGUGCUGCUGGGCUGACGGUGAAACCAGUGGAAAAGCCAAAGAAGAAAUACAGCACACAGCUGUUUAUGCUCCAGCCUCCCAGGAACGCAGGUAGCAGCCCAGGAGAUCAAAGUACGGACUCUUCAGAGAUGGCAUUGCCAGAUGACUUCAAAGUAAUGUCUAUGCCACAGGUGUUAAGGAGAAAAUUCAACAGUUCCCUUGAAAUUGCCGACGGCGACGAAUCCUUUGAUCGAAACUCCAUUUACCGAGGCUCUUUGACACAGAGGAACCCCAACGGGAAGAACAGGAAAGCAGAUCGCAUCUUCGCGAAGCCUGUGAUGACCCAUCGACCCUGAAGAAGAUGGAGCCUCCCGACACUGCAAUUUUACUAACAAUGCCCGGCCUCAGCUCAGAGCUUCACCUUUAUUUCCCUCAACACAUUCUCCAAAGGGCUGGACAGAGAGGAGGAGGCAGUCCCAUGGGACAGGGAAAUCCUGCCAAGUUGUGCUGACAGAGCUCCGGCUCCACCUCGCUACUCAAGCAACCAAGUCCCAAUAAGAAUCUUGCUGCCUGUUCCUGACAGGGAUUUCCAGUCCACAGUGUCUGGCAAAGCAGCCCCAGCUGUCACACCACACACCCACUAUGUCUCUUCCGCAAGUCUCCAUUGUUGUGAAACUAGGGCAUCUGUCUGCAUUUGAAAGCAGCGUUGUCAAGGCUGGUAGCUGUGAGAGUUAACUCAGGGGGCCAGAUACAUGCUGGGGGAGAUUUAGGUUGGAUAUUAGGAAAAACUAUUUCACUAGGAGGGUGGUGAAGCACUGGAAUGGGUUCCCUAGGGAGGUGGUGGAAUCUCCUUCCUCAGAGGCUUUUAAGGUCAGGCUUGACAAAGCCCUGGCUGGGAUGAUUUAAUUGGGGAUUGGUCCUGCUUUGAGCAGGGGGUUAGACUAGAUGCCCUCCUGAGGUCCCUUUCAACCCUGAUAUUCUAUGAUUCUAUGAUAAUUCUGGUGGCGUCAGUGGAGUGAGUUGCUUUCCUCUUGGGUUGGUGUAGAGAAGUCAGUGGUUGGACCCAUCAGUAUUCAAGAGUUUGCAGUGGAUUUAAAGUGCCCGCUCCCCACUGCCUCGAAUGGGGGUCACAUGGCUAAAACCCAGCCCAACACUUUAAAAAUGUGCUGCUAGACGUUUGCAAAGAUCACUCCACAGUCAGUUGUCCAAGUUCUGUCCAUUCACCCCUCUCCCCCCAUGGGCAGGAGCGAGGGAAGCUUCCUAAAAGAGGGUUGGAGGUCACCUCAGUAUUUUAAAAUAACAUUUAGUUUAAGAAUGAUCCAUGUGAAUCCUCGUGUGAGUAACAUGUCAUUGCAUUAGGCUUCGGUCAUGAGCGGAGGCAGGGAACUUCUCGAGAUACGUCCUGCAGUCACCUAACAUGGUAAUUGCAAUAGCUGUGGGCAGGACCCAGAGUUACCACGUCACAGGAAAUUCUGUGCUUUUGGGCAUUUUUUCCUUUCUGAAAUGGAACGAAAACAAAAUAUUUUAUCUCCAGUGAAACCAAAUUCCAAAAAAAGUUUGGGGGUCAAUCAAAACAUUUCAUUUCAAUAAAACUGAAACAUUUCAUUCCCAUUUCAAUCUCAAAACUUUCAAAUGUUUUUAGAUAAAAAAAAUUUUUUGGAAAAGUCAUCUUGAACUGAAAAAUGAAAAUGUUCUAGUCCCAAUAUGUCAAAAUUGGAUGUUUCAACCUUAUUAAAAUACUUCUUGGGAUGUGGAGAAAAUUUAUCAAAAUCGACAUGUUUUUCAAAACAUUCUAAUUUGACAAAAUUUGCAUUUUGGGGGGGGGGGGAAACAAAUUUUGAUGAAAAAUUUCCAACUAGCUGUAGUUGUGACCAACUAAUGGUAUUUGUAUCCUCAACCUACUGUUCUUAUACUCUUGGACAUGCUAGCUGAAAUGAACCAAUGUGACUUCUCCGCGGCUACUGCCUCAUUUUUAGUAUAAUUCAUACAGAAGCUACUUAAAGUCUCAGAUUCCCUUCGUGACCCUUUAGAAGUCAUUUCCAUUCUCACUAGUAUAGUCCAAGCUGAGAUCUUGAGUUCUCUUUAAGUUGGCAUAAGGCUAGGCUGUUCCGAGAAAUAAGUAUAUCCGACUGUAAAUAAUUAUCUCUAUGUUAGAAACCAACUUCUAGCCACAACCAUGUCAUCACAGCACCCUGAAAAAAAAUUAAAUGACCAAUUGUAUAUGUCUCACCACUGAGCUGACCUCAAGCAUAACCCAGUGACCCAGAUCCUCAGGUUGGUGUAAGGCAACUCAAUUGAAGUCAAUAGAAUGAUGCAGAUUUAAACCAGCGGCCUGGUGUUUUUUAAAGCCACAGUACAGUACUACCUAGACUAUAAACACAUCCUCUGCUAUGUGCAGUGUGACGGGUUGGAUCACAGAAACCCCCUUGGGAACUGCCAACUGCUGUGCCAAGACUUCUGCCCCUGCUUUCCCUGCCAGCCUGGGACUCCAGCACCCUGUCUUGUUGAGCCAGACACGCCAG